UUACAAAUAUUGCUCAACUUCACUUAGAGUUCGUUGUCUUUAAUUUUGCAACACAAAACUCCAUAAUAUCAUUCGUUGUCCUUUUGUGUUAGGGUACAGGUUUUAUAAGGCAUGUCAUAUGGAUAAAAAUUUGACACAUUUGGAACCACAUUCGAGGGCAAAGGGGAACAAAGUCCUAGUGAGCUUAUAGGCUUGAUAAAUGGACCACUUUAGAUUCUUUGCGUGCUUAUUGUGUGUCUUUGGGUUCAUCAGUGCCAUGCCGCCCAGAGAGCUCAACCAUCAAGGUUAUGCCUCUCUUUUUAAACACGAGCCUCCCUGUGUAGAUCGUUACGUUAUUCCCGUCGCGUGGCACGUGAUCGAAGUCUUGAGUAAUGUCAAUCGUACGUUGAGGCAGCGGCAGGUCGAGGAGGUGAUCGAUGUGAUGAAUGAAGCAUUCAAGCACACGUCGUUCAGGUUUAAGAGUGUAUCUUUGGAUUUUACGCAAGAUGGCGGUAAAGAAGGGCUAAUUGCAACCCGUUGCCAAGAGAACAUGGAACCAUAUAUGACACAUCUGGCACAUUCACCCAGCACGACCCUGAACAUAUACACAUGCCGGAGUAAUAAUUUUGGUAGCUCCUCUUUACCAUGGGAUUACCCCGAAGAUUGCCCCUACCACGGGGUUGAGGUGCACCCAGACACACUCCCUGGUGGCCCCUUUAGUAGUUACUAUGGAAAGUUAACUGUACAGCAGGUUGGUCGCUACUUCGGGUUACAUUAUGUCUAUGAGGGCGGCUGUUAUGGCGAAGAUGACGACGAAGUCGAAGACACUCCACGCUGCAAAAAAGCUGAAUCGCUGGAUUGUGAGAAAUCCCCCAAGGACUCCUGCCCGAAUAAGCCUGGAUUAGACCCUCUGGAUAAUUUUAUGAACGCUGUGAAUGAGACUUGCAUGAAAAGGUUUACUCCCGGUCAAAUUCGCCGCAUGAUGGACAAAACGGACACGUAUCGCAACAAGCUGAUGUUAAAUAGUAGACAGUGCCAAAUAGAUGCUAUAUUCCGCUGGAUCGACGGCUUCGUCUACAUGUUCGCUGGCUCAAACUUCUACCACUACAACGAGUCACGCCACGGACUCGAUCCAGGCUACCCGCGUCCUAUAGCUGACCACUGGCACGGGGUCCCCUCGAGUAUCGAUGGGGCAUUCCGGUAUGGGGAUGAUGGGAACACGUAUUUUUUCAAAGGCGACAAGUAUUACCGCUACAACGAGCAAACAGGUCAAGUAGAUCCAGGCUUCCCUCGGUCAAUUGACGACUUCUGGACAGGCGUACCGCGUGAUAUCGAUGACGUCAUCAGUUAUGCAAACGGCUUUACGUAUUUCUUCAAAGACGACAAGUACUAUCGCUACAACCCAAAGACAAAUUCUGUCGAUCCGGGAUACCCUAAGGCUAUAUCCGCCUACUGGCGAGGGGUCCCCUCGGGGGUAGAGGCGGCGUUCAACUGGUAUAACGGAGGAGUGUACUUUUUUAAGGAUGGACAAUUCUGGUUCUUCAUACAAGAUGGUACUGAUGCUGGUGUGGUCAGCGGUUACCCCAAGUCUGUCAUGCGCUGGUGGUCAGAUGACGUGAUGAUCAGGGGCUACACCGCGCUGAGAGGCUGUGGUGUUUACAGCUAUUUCUUCUUGGGUAGUGAAUACUGGCGCUACAACACACUCCUCCACCACGUCGACAUCGGCUUCCCCAAGCCACGAUCAGAAGGAUGGCCAGGACUUCCAGACCAGAUCCAGGCGGCAUUCGUGUGGCGCAACUGCCAUCGCUAUUUCUUCCAUGGAAGCUCCUACUUUUUGUUCAACGCAACCGCUGGACAUGUUGAGCCGGGCUACCCAAGAAGCAUUGCGAGCUUCUGGAAGGGUGUCCCUAACAAUGUAGAUGCUGUGUUUAGGUAUGUUGAUGGAGUGACGUAUUUUUUCAAGGGUUCUCAAUAUUACCGCUUCAACGACGACAAGGUUAGAGUCGACCCAGGCUACCCGCGAAACAUAUCAUCCUUCUGGAAAGGUAUCCCAAAUGAUAUAGACACCGUGUUUGUCUGGAGCGACGGCCACACUUACUUUUUCAAGGCUAACCUGUUUUACCGGUUUAACCGCGAAUCUAAACAGGUUGAUCCGGGCUAUCCCCAGUCUGUUUCUCUCUGGAGAGGUAUUCUGUAUCAACCCUAAAUUGGAGCAAGUAACAAUACAUUAAAAGCAGACCACUUCACCCGCAAGGACAGCAAAGGAUUUUCUGUAGUGACCGCGAAAACGACUGAAAUGAACCGAAAAUUCACCUCUAUAUCAGUUUUACUAGAUGCAUAUCAAUUAAAAUUGUUAGUUUAUCUAUUCAUGACAAAGCUAGUAAUUAAAAAAGAUUUUCUGUAAUUGAUUUGAUUAACAAUUAAACGAUGCCAGGACCUCUA